GCAGGGACACGGUAACCUGCAGGAGGACUCACAUGGUCCUGCAGCAGAGGAACACAGACCACCGGGACUCUCCAAACCUCUUACAUCCAGCUCGUCUUCACUCCUCUUUUCAGACACUCUUCCGGUUUUAUUUUCUUUCUCUCCCUCUCAUCCCUCCUCCCGCAGCCCAGUGUCGGUCGGACUUGCGCCGGUAAAGCAGCGCCAUGGCUCGGGAGAACGGAGACACCGGCAGAGGAGAGACGUGGAAAAAACAAGUCGACGACAUCAAGAAGAUUUUUGAUUUUAAAGAGGUCCUCGGCACAGGAGCGUUUUCCGAGGUGGUCCUGGCCCAGGAGAAGCUGACGGGGCGGAUGUUUGCGGUGAAGUGCAUCCCUAAGAAGGCUCUGAAGGGGAAGGAGAGCAGCAUCGAGAACGAGAUCGCCGUGCUGAGGAAGAUCAAGCAUGAGAACAUCGUGGCGCUAGAGGACAUCUACGAGAGCCCAGACCACCUCUACCUGAUCAUGCAGCUAGUGUCUGGCGGCGAGCUGUUCGACCGAAUCGUGGAAAAAGGUUUCUACACGGAGAAGGAUGCGAGCACGCUGAUCCGCCAAGUCCUGGAUGCUGUGAACUACCUGCACAAGAUGGGCAUCGUGCACCGAGACUUGAAGCCAGAGAAUCUGCUGUAUUUUAAUCCCCAAGACGAGUCAAAGAUCAUGAUCAGCGACUUCGGUCUCUCCAAGAUGGAGGGCAGUGGUGAUGUCAUGUCCACUGCCUGCGGCACGCCGGGAUAUGUGGCUCCAGAGGUUCUGGCCCAGAAGCCGUACAGUAAGGCCGUGGACUGCUGGUCCAUUGGAGUGAUCGCCUACAUCCUGCUGUGUGGUUACCCUCCGUUCUACGAUGAAAACGACUCCAAGCUGUUUGAACAGAUCCUGAAAGCAGACUACGAGUUUGACGCCCCGUACUGGGACGACAUAUCGGACUCAGCCAAGGAUUUCAUCGGCAGUCUCAUGGAAAAGGAUCCAGCCAAGCGUUUCACCUGUGAUCAGGCACUCAGACACCCCUGGAUCGCUGGGGAUACUGCACUCUGCAAGAACAUCCAUGAGUCAGUCAGCCGACAGAUCAAAAAGAACUUUGCCAAGAGCAAAUGGAGGCAAGCGUUUAAUGCCACCGCUGUGGUUCGGCACAUGAGGCGGCUGCAGCUUGGCAGCAGCAUGGGGAGCAGCAUGGACGCCUCCAACCCACCGACGAGGCAGAGCCAGACGCAGAGGCCGGCCCAGAGCCAGGCCAGCCAGAGCCAGGGCCAGGCGGGCCAGAACCAGCCAGCUCAGAGCCAAAACAGCGGCCAGGCGGCGCAGAGCCAGAGCGCCAACACAGCCGCCAGCAAAACCUCUUCCAUAGACAACAACAUAGCAGCUCCCCGCAAGGAAUGUGUCACUGCACCCGUCACACCCUGCAGCCUGGCGUCUGCAGCCUCUUCUCCCGCCGCAGGGGCAGAGCUGAACCGGCCACAUCCCUCAGUGGUCCCCGCCCCGGUGCUCACGGAGACCAAGUGACGCCAGGUCCCGCGGGGAACCAGCUGGGAGGCCACAGCGCUGUGAGGACGCAGAGACGGAAAGAGGACGACAGGAGAGGAAGAGGAUCCCCCCUCUUCUUCGUUCCUCCCUCUCCUCACUGCAUUUCCACUUGGAUGCGCCCCCCCAGCAAGUUCCCCGCCCUGCUCCCGGGAGAGCAGAGGACUUAACCUCCACCCCACCGAUUCAAGCCACACAGCACCAUACUGUACACCCACCACCAGGACGCAGUGUAGGAUUCCUCCUGCCACAGCAACAGCUCAGCCACGGACUCUCACUGAGGAUGUUGGUACGGCUGGCUGUGAUUGGCUGCUGUGUAAUGAUAAAUGGGUGUCGACUGCUGCGAGCUUGAGCAGUAAUUGGUGGUUCAUGGUGGGGCCGGUGGUGUCAUAUUAUUCAAUGUCAGUCAACAUCAACUUCCCUCUUGAAUCUGGUCUUUCCUGCGCCGCUUUAUUUAGCUUUUUUUCCAAAUUAGGUUCGACUGUUGACAACUGGAUUGUUUUGUUUUUGAUUAUUACUGUUAAUAUUAAAGGUGGUAUGUGUAAGUUUUAAAGCAACAUCGUUGUCAAAUUGAAUGUGCUACAUUGGUAUAAUUACUGUAAAUAAACAAGACACCUCCAGCAGAUUUCCCCCCCUUAGUUUACAUUAAUUUUACUAAUGUAGCAAACUGAUGUGACAAUGAUUUAUUCAUGUUAAAACACUACAUAUAGCACCUUUAAGACAUUUUAUAUGUCCUUACGGGCUUGUUUGUCUUUGUUUGUGCUUUAAGAAGUGCUUUAAAAGUACCAUACGACUGUUGAGAUGUGGAAACAUGAGUAAGCGCUUUAUGUAUUUUGCACAGAGGGCCAGAUAUGUUCUCAGACACAGAUUAGCCGCCAUCCACUUAUGUUUAUCAGAGUAGAGAUUGUAAACCUUUAUAAAUAGAAAAAAAAUGUCAGAGCAUUGUACAACUUGUUUAUUGUCUGAACGAUUCUGAUCUGUUUAUUAUUUUCUUACUUUAUAAGACUUUUGUAACAAUCACCCUUUAAGGGACACACAUACAGGUUACUAUGAAACAUGCAGCAGGUUUAGAAUAGGAUAGGAUGGAGAUAUUUACUGGAAACUGCCUCCAGUUGAGAAUGUUAGCGACUAAAUCAUAGUUUGCCAUUUGAUUUCCCAAACUAACAAGCAGCGCAGUGCAGUUCAAAGGUGGUUAGAGAAUACAAGAAAUGUUACAAACCAUCUGUGAGAUAUUUAACUGCUUCCCAUGUUGGUCCUCGAGAGUAUUUGGAACCUGUCGCCUGCUUCUCUUCCUUCCCCUUCUAAAGAAGCCAUGAUUUGAUAUUUUUGCAUCAUCAACCUGCACCCAGUUCAGAAGUGCUCAGGGAAAACUGCAGCUGCACUGUGAGCUGGUGAAUACCCAUUUCUUGCUUUAGGUUGUUCCGUCAGUGUUUUUGGUCCAGAUAUUGUGGCAUCACACUCAACGAUCCAACGCUUAAGAUGUUAGCUGUGUCCUUUUUACAGUGUUGUAGUGACUCGUGACUUGAAUACAGAAGACUCAGACUUGUGCUAAGAGUAUUCAACCAAGGACUCCAAGGUGUUUGGGCUCGCAGAAUGCAGAACUUGUUCUGCUUUUUUUGGCUAUUCAGUUUUGUACAUGCAAUCCCCAACCCUGAAAACAAUUUGACUGGUAGGACAACUGGCUGUUAAGACUUAAAUGCAUUACUUGAAACUAGGGCUGGGCGAUAUGGACCCAAAGUUAUAUCCUGAUAUAUUUAGGCUGAAUAUCGAUAUACGAUAGAUAUCCUGAUAUUUUAAUCGCAAUGUGAGAGCAAAUGUUAGUCAAAGUCAAAUAUGACAUGUCACAAGUAGUUUUAUUGAAACCGUUUAUUUAAGUGAACACAAAUACUGUAUAACAACAGGAGUACUGUCAAUCAAAGCUCAUAAAGUGCACAUUUAAAUAAAAAAUAUCUUAAAUUAAAAUAGCCAAUGAAAUAAAAUAGGCCAAUCUUUUUCUGAAAUAAAUAUAUUCAUACGAGAAAAGAAUAACAAAGAUUACAAAAGAGCUAAAUAUGGCAAACCCUAGUAAGGGCAGCAUUUAUAUAUAAAGCAGCUUGCCUGGAUCAAUGAUCACAGUGCAAAUUUGAACUAUAUCAAUAUAUAGUAAUAUUUUUUUUUUUCCGAUAUAUCGCCCAGCCCUACAUGAAACCUGACAAGACGGAUUUGCAUGAAUCUUGUGUGAUCUUUUGAUAUCACAAGAUUUCCGCUACAACUCUUCAAGUAGCUGUUCCCUGCCCUUAUUACCCAACAGCAGACAGUUAUUGUGACCAAAAUCAGAAACCCUAUUAGCGUGACAACAGCUAAUUUUUUGGUCAAUUUCAAGGCCUUUUAAGGUUUUUCCUUAUAAACAGAUCGAGCUAGAAGAGCACUUGUUUACGAAAGUGAAAAAGAAUUCAUGCAUCCUCCCCGUGAUUUGGAUCUGCUCCUUAAAAUUUUCCUCCUUGGCUCAUGUUGCACCUUUCCACCAAGUUUCAUGAAAAUCAGGCCAGUAGUUUGUAAUCCUUCUGACAAACAGACAAACGCUGCCAAAAGCAUGACCUCCUUAGCGGAGGUAAUGACUGAACCACAGCUUGGAGUUCCUUUUUAAAUUAAUUGAGUUAUAUAUGACAGACUGACUUAAUUCUAAUGUGUUCUUGAUGGAACCUUCUCCUGACUCUGUGUCACUGGUUGUAUCUGCCUUUCAGACAUCACUCAGAACAGAACUGUUAAAUGUUGGGUGCUCACUCACACAUAUCAGACUGUCAUGUCUUUAUUAGAUGCAAUUCUACUGAUCCCUUUAUUGUGAAUUUUAGCCAAAGACUAGUGCUAGGUAUGAAGACAAUUAGGUCCAUUCUUCUUGAUGAGUUAGUUAGAACAGAACUAGUCAGAUAUGAAGCUGUUUUGAGACAUAAGUGGACUAAAACUAAGGGCUGAACUAAUCUGGAGAGAAAUUUAUCCACAGCUGAUCCCUUCCUAAUCGGUAACCACUUAGCUUUUUUAUGACUACACAGAGCUAGCUGUGGAAAUGUAUUCAUAUGGCAUGUCAGGAGGGUGGGAGACCACAGCUGGAUGAAAGUCAAAUUACAGUAAAUUUGACAGUAAAUCAACACUCACCCAAGUUCUCUGGAAUUCCCUUUAGGCUCACUGUGUCAUUGGGUGUAUUAAGUUCCACCUAUGUGGCACUGCAGUUGACUAAAACAACUAUAACAAGACAUUUAUGAAUGCCAUCCAGUGUAAAUAUGUCUCACUAUGUUCUCCUUCUUUAUUAAGCUCUACAAGGACAAUUCCAGUGAGUUUGGAUGCUCUGCUUCUUUCCACCGUUCACUAACCAACAAUGUGUUAGGCCCUCUCAAUACUUUAUAACCUGAAUCUGUAGCUCUCAGCCCCAAUCCCACACGCUCCUGCUAAUGACAUAAAUCUUUAAAAUGAGCAACAAUUAUAGAUGACAUGAAACAAAACCUAAUGUAACAAAAACAACUAUGAGCUAUUGGUUGAAAGUUUUACUUGAAAACUUAAAUGUUUGCUCUAUUACCAAGCAAAAAUACAGUGCCCACUCACUGUCCCUGAAUGAGCACAUCAGUAUGAAACGGAGACUGUAUAAAAGAAAUGGAUGAAGCCACCAUGACAACACCAAUUGGUUUAUGGACUACAGUUUUCAAGCCUAAAGUCUUGGGUGACAUCAUCUCGUUUUUUUGGAGCCAGAAGUGACCAUUUGGUUAGUCACAUGUGUCCAUAUUUCCUAAAUAACAGGAAGAACAGGCUUUAAACAAACAAAAAAACAGCUGUCUCCAUCAUAUUUAGGCUGCCACACCUAAAGCAAACCCUGCUUUGUUGUAUAUUUUACUUUAAGUGGAACCAUGAUUUACACAGUGAACAUCAUGCUGUAUCGAAGACUUGAAAUUAGCAAGCAAGACCAUAAACUCAAGGAAAUCAAAUGAGAAGUAGGGUCAUUUUCUCAUAGACUUUUAUACAAUCAGACUUCCUUUUGCAACCUGUGAAGUCGCCCCCUGCUGGUCAUGAGAAAUAAUGCAUGUCUAAGACACUUUUGCACUGGCUUUGAUACCAGUUGGCUCCAUCCACCUCUUUUAUCCAGUCUAUGGUAUGAGACGUGUAAAUCUACACCUUUGUAUUAGUCGUCUGGUUGUAAGUUGUUUAAACUCUGGGGUUGUGAGAAUGUAAAAGCAAGACAAACAUUCAUCCACGUUAAGGGGCAGAAACCUUCAAUCACACAGGAAUUGUCAACCCCAUUCCUGUCUACAGUAUGAGCUCCAAACAUGCACCGGAUUUACUACAUAUUUGAUCAAGAAUUUAGGCAUAAAUUGUGCAAACUAGCAGAUGUGGUAACAGCACUAACAUGGUUGAUGCUUUUAGACUAAUUUUUGCAGCUACUUUAUGCAUGUUGUCCUUGCAACUAAUCCAGUCAUAGUAUAGUUUUAGUUCAAUCAAGUUGGUAGGGUUAGUUGUGUUAGAAAGGGGCAGUUAUCCUUAUUUUUUUCAUUUUAAUGUGAAGUCAAAGAGAAAGCUACCCUUUUUUAGUGUUUCUUACUGAUUUUAAAACGUACAGUGUCUACUGCUCGACUACACAGUUCAGAAAUAUAUUAAUUAUGAGGUUUUUACAAUGGGGUCUUGUGUUGCAUUAUUCUCUACUAUCCAAACCACUGAAUUACCAAUGUGUUACUGAGGGGAACUUUCAACCAUGUAAGGGCUUUUUUCCAAUGAUCACCUUAUUCUGAUUAUUCACUGUAACCAUGAUUGAUUGCUAUGCAUUUUUUAAACAUUUUAAAGGUUGUUAAUGCUUUUCUUGGAGGUUGGAUCAGGAAACAUCAACACCUAUAGUUAAAAAGAUAAGUCGUAGUUUUGUGGAAAAAACACUGAAUCCCUGCCAGAUCUUAGACAAUUUCAAACAGUUAACUAUUAGCCAUCAUUAUUGUUAAAUGACCAGGUUUUAAUUAAUCGUCAGCCAACACUGUAAGAAUACGUUUCAUUAAAUGUGAUGUCGUCCACUUCAGUGUGGACGUUUGGGUUUACGAAUGUAUUGUGAGGCAGGCAGAGGGUUCAGGUUCAUGCUGCUCUGUAGUUUUAUGUCUGCUAUUGAAAAAAAAAAAAAAGUUUUCUGAAUGAAUCUUUCCAUGUUAAAGAUGUUUCUGUAAAUAGAUUAUGAAUAUGAAUGAUCAUUUUCAAGAUAAUAUUUACAAAUGUUUUGCUGUUCAGGCAUGUGAGAGUGAAUGUGUGAGCGAGUGAGUGUGUCGAGGGAAGUUGAUUGUAUUCUCUAUGGAAUGUUUAAUGUAAAAAAAAAAAAAGAAGAAAAAGCUAAAACCCCCUUUACUCCCCACUGCUGUCAUAUAUACUGUUGAGCACCGUGUGACUGCCACCUGCAGAGCUACACGGUGCAGUUUAUUGCCAUCAGUGUUCCACCAUCACAUCAGUGUCAGUCCAACUAAAAAGAGAAAGCAUCGUUUACUGAACUCAGGCUUACGUUUUUGCCAUUCUAAAGGAAGAAAUCCAAAGCUGUGACCGACUCAGAAACACACUGUUAAGGACGAGGGGCGGCUACGGCCUCGUCCACCCUUCCCCCUUUGAGCUCACGCUCCCCUUUUUUUAACGAAGACGCCGUCACAAAAGAUGAAAAUACAAGCAUGUUGAAAAAAGUGCUUCAAGAAUUCAACUCCACCAUGAGUGUUUGCAUAAUCUUAUAUGCCCUUGUAUGAUGUUAGUAUCUCUGUAUUAUGUAAAGACGUACACAGGUUGAGAUUUCUGAGUCCACAAAAAGUUGUAGAGUUUCGCUUCCACAAACAGUUUCAACAAGCAGAAAUGAUCUCAUCAAUUCGUGAAACCUAGCUAACUAACAUUUAUCAAGAUCUUGUUCCAGUGUUAGUUGCUGUAAUGCUGCUCAUGAGAAUGACUUCCACCUGAUUUCCUGCAUACGUGAAUGACAUGCUCUGAAAGUAAUUUAUUAAUAAUAAUCGUUCCAAAGUCUGCAUUAGUAACUGUUGCACAAGGAAACUUGGCGACACCGGUUCCGUUUAGCUUCAAUAAGCUAGCAAGGACUAUGGUACUUUUCCCGUUGGAAUGCUAGACAUGUAUAUCAAAAUAAAUAACAAAAGUUACUUCGUGGUAACCAUAGCCUCACUGAGAUAAUAUAAACAAAGGAACGUUAGCCUUGAUCUUUUCUGGCUAACCAUAGUUCAUGUCUUUUACGUUGCCACAAAAAAUAAGAAGGAAGCUAGGUGAUCAUAGGUUAAAGAUAAUCUGACAUUCUGCUCAGGGUACACGUGUACCAAAGUUGAACUCAACGGGAUGCUUCAAUUGCCUAGAAUGGAAGUGAACCAGAGGCAAAUAGAUGCUAAUUGCACGCAUGUGUGACCCUGCCUUGAUGUAACUAUAAGUUAGCUAGCUAGUUAGCUAGCAUAUAGCUAACAUUAGCCACCGUAAGAUGUGACUUUAUACUAUGUAAUGUGUUCUUGACAAUUGACACACAGUUAGGAUAUGGAGUUUCAAGUUCCCCUUUAAGUCCUCUAUAAAUGUCUUUUUCAACAUAUAGACCAAUUUAGAGUCGAUGUAGCGGCUACGUCACUGGCACUUGCACAAAUAAAUUUAACAAUCAUUGUUGGUAAACAAUAAGUUGGUCUACAAGAGCUGAGCAUUAAAGAAUAAGAGGAAAGGGGAAAGUUAACCUAGGUUCAGCCUGUACCAAGGCUUGCUCAACUGUUAUUGGACCACAACUGUUAAUGUACCAAAUUCUAAGCCCCGCCCCAUCUGGUACAUUUUUAUUGCACCAAGUGGAAAGAAAUGUUGGUUUUUCAGCCAUUCAUGACCUUAAAAUGUUUUACAUUAGCUUACCUAGUUAGCAAUGGCCCUUAAAGGCUAGUUGGAAGUGCAAGUAGCUAUUGACCUUGUCCUUUACUAAGGCUACGCAGUUAACGGUGGAUGUCAAACCUAAUUUUACACAGAAUAUAUUUGCUAUGUUGGCUAAAUUCUACAUCUGAUCUAUGAACAUCUUUGAACUAGAAUGAGUUUACUGAUACGUUUUUCAGUAUAAACUGUUGCCAACUACUUUAGGAGCCUCAAUAUUGGCUCUGUCUCUCAUGGACUGGCUGGGUUUGCUAGUAUUAGUAAAUCUAGUGCAAAGCUGCCACGCUAGCAGCUUCAGUCUAGUUAUUGUUCACAGUGUUUUCCCUAAAGAUCUAACUCGACUAUUGAGAGCGGCUCUGCCUCUGAGAACUGUUUGUAGGACUAAAACUUCAUACAAGCUGCUUUUUGUGACCCGGUGUCUCCCUGUGGGUGUCCUCGUCCAGAGCCUGCUGAGUUAGCUGGCUGUAUUGUAUUUAAUCUCUGCAUGUGACCACCAAACUCCAUCCUGUGCACCGUCGUCUCACUGACGACACCCUCAUUUCUCAGAGCGGGCGCCGCCUGCCGCACUUAUUGUGCUGUGGUGGUGAUGAUGAUGAUGACUUUCUGUUAAUGGGGCUUGUAUAUCAGAUGCCUUCGACAAUCAUGUGCACAUAUCAGAGUUACCAUGACGACACAGGCCAGAGCGACUGAUUGUGUUUCGUUUGUCUUUCUCCUCGAAUAAAUCCUGAAUGAUCGUAACAUGAA